GGGGGAGACGCGCCGCGCCGCUCCGCGUUGUCCACCGUGACCAUUCCACAAACUGGAUUAUUCUUAUUUGGACUUUUCCACGCGUGAAUCCCGUGUGUGCUCGGACUCCUGCGCACUCUCCUCCUCCUCCUGCCGACACCUGACCUCCGCUCACUCAGGUUUUAUGUGAAAGAAGAAGAAAAAAAGAAGAAGAAGAAAAAGAAAAAAAGCAGCACCACGCGUGGGACUGUGGAUUUUAAAGAAGUGAUUGGACUUUUUCUGCGCUUUUCUCUCCAGUCAUGCCUCAUUGAAGCCAACUCUUCAUCAGACCUGCAUCCAGCUCUUCUCUCCUCCUCCUCCUCCUCCCCUCCUCUCCUCCUCUAUCCCUCCAUCCUCUCCUCCUCUUCCUCUCUCUGCCCACCAUGCCCUCCUCUUCCUCUCCUCUCCUCCUCUCCCUUUUCCUCCCCCUCCUCCUCCUCUCGUCCCCCCUCCACUCGGCCCCGGCGGCCCCUCCCUCUCCCCUGGCCUCGCCCCCGGGCAGAGCCGUGUACCGGGCAUUGGACACCUCCCUCACCCACCUGACCGUCCACCGGCGGACGGGUGAGGUGUUCGUCGGCGCCGUCAACAGAGUGCUGAAGCUGUCGGCCAAUCUGACGGAGCUGAGGAGUCACAUGACUGGCCCUGUGGAGGAUAACGCCAAGUGUUACCCGCCGCCCAGCGUCCGGGCCUGCGCUCACAGACUGGAGUCUUCAGACAACGUCAACAAGCUCUUACUGGUGGAUUAUACUGGGAACAGACUGGUGGCCUGUGGGUCCAUCUGGCAGGGCGUCUGUCAGUUCCUCAGACUGGAGGAUCUGUUCAAACUAGGAGAACCACAUCACCGCAAGGAGCACUACCUGUCCGGAGCCAGAGAGGCUGAUGGGAUGGCAGGUGUUGUCGUCGGCGAGGACGACUGGACCGCCGACCCCAGGAGGAAGAAGCCGGUGAAAGGCGGCAGUCGUCUGUUCAUCGGCGCCGCCAUCGAUGGGAAGUCGGAGUAUUUCCCGACUCUGUCCAGCAGGAAGCUGGUGCCGGACGAGGAGAGCGUCAACAUGUUCUCUCUGGUUUAUCAGGACGAGUUCGUGUCCUCGCAGAUUAAAAUCCCCUCGGACACGCUGUCGCUGUACCCGGCCUUCGACAUCUACUACGUCUACGGUUUCUCCAGUCGGACCUACGUCUACUUCCUGACGCUGCAGCUGGAUACGCAGCUGACGCAGAUGGAUGCCGGCGGAGAGAAGUUCUUCACCUCCAAGAUCGUCAGGAUGUGUUCCAACGACACAGAGUUCUACUCGUACGUGGAGUUUCCACUGGGCUGCACUAAAGACGGCGUGGAGUACCGACUUGUCCAGGCCGCCUACAAACAGAAACCAGGACGACGGCUGGCACAAGCGCUAGGCCUGUCCGAAGACGACGACGUCCUGUUUGUCGUCUUCUCACAGGGUCAGAAGAACCGUUCGAACCCGCCCAGAGAGACCGUCCUGUGUCUGUUCACCCUCCACGACAUCAACCUGGCGAUGAGGGAGAGGAUCCGCUCCUGUUACCGCGGCGAGGGCCGACUCUCGUUACCGUGGUUACUCAACAAGGAGCUGCCCUGCAUCCACACGCCGAAGCAGAUCGGAGACGACUUCUGCGGUCUGGUGUUGAACCAACCACUGGGAGGUCUAAGGGUCAUCGAGGGGAACCCGCUGUACGAGGACCGGACAGAGGGCAUGGGUGCCGUGGCGGCCUACACCUACGGAGAACACACGGUGGUGUUUGUGGGAACCCGGAGUGGACAGCUGAAGAAGAUUCGUGUGGAUGGGAUCCCCCCGCCGGCCCAGAAUGCUUUACUGUACGAAACGGUGACGGUGGUGGAGGGAAAGCCAAUCCUCAGAGACAUGGUGUUCAGUCCGGACCACAUGUACAUCUACCUGCUGAGUGAUUUGCAGGUGACCCGGCUUCCUGUGGAGAGCUGUGAACAGUACAGCAGCUGUUCAGACUGUCUGGGGUCCGGAGACCCUCACUGUGGAUGGUGUGUCCUCUUCAACAAAUGUUCCAGACGGGAAGCAUGUGACAAGUAGGAGCCUCACUUCAAUACCCGUCUGGACCAAUGUGUGGACAUCUCCGUUACCCCUAGAAACAUGUCAGUGACAUCGCCGGCAACGCAGUUGAUCAUCCGGGUGCAGAAUGUCCCGGCGCUGUCGGGGGGCGUGUCCUGUGUGUUUGAGGACCUGAGUGAAAGCCCCGGCGAGGUUCUGGCCAAGGGGCAGGUCAUGUGUAUGUCGCCGUCACUGAGAGACCUGCCGACGCAAACACACACUUACGGGGAGAAGCGUGUGGUCCAGCUCAGUCUUCGCUCCACAGAGACCGGACACCAGUUCAUCACCACCAACUUCAUCUACUACAACUGCUCUGUACUCAACUCGUGCACCUCCUGUGUCAGCAGCGUGUUUCCGUGUCACUGGUGUAAAUAUCGUCACGUCUGCACCAACAACCUGCAGGACUGUUCAUUCCAGGAGGGUCGGGUCAGCGGCAUGGAGGGCUGUCCUCAGAUCCUCCCCACUUCCGACAUCCUGGUCCCGGCCGGAAUGGUUCGUCCCAUCACGUUGCGAGCUCGUAACCUGCCGCAGCCGCAGUCGGGUCAGAAGAACUACGAGGUGUUGUCAACAUCAGGGGAAAGUCCAGCGCAUCCCGGCCGUCGCUUCAACUCGUACUGCAUCCAGUGCCAGAACACCUCGUAUUGGUAUGAAGGAGACGAGGCUGGUGACCUCCCCGUGGAUUUCUCCAUUGUUUGGGAUGGAGAUUUCUUCAUCGACAAGCCUCUGUCUAUGAAAGCGUUGCUCUACAAAUGCGAGGCUCAACGCUCCAGCUGUGGUCAGUGCCUUAAAGCUCCGCCCACCUUCGAAUGCGGUUGGUGCACUGAAUCCAGGAAGUGUCUCCUACGGCAACACUGCCCCUCCCCCGAACAGAACUGGAUGCACCACGGUCGACACAACCUGCGCUGCAGCCACCCACGAAUCACCAAGAUCGACCCCCUCACAGGCCCUCGAGAGGGAGGGACUCGUGUGACAAUUGAGGGGGAGAACCUGGGUCUGCAGGUGAAGGAGAUCGCCCACGUUCAGGUGGCCGGGGUCCGGUGUAACCCUGUCCCAUCUCAGUACAUCAGCGCCGAGAGGAUCGUGUGUGACAUGGCUGAAGCUCUCCUCCCUCAUUCGCCCGGCGGUCCUGUCGAACUCUGCAUCGGCGUCUGCAGCGCCGAGUACCGGACCCUCUCCACCCAGACCUACUCCUUCGUGAGCCCGAGUUUCAGUCGUGUCCGUCCAGAAAAGGGUCCCGUUUCCGGGGGAACCAGGCUGACAGUGACCGGUCGACACCUGGACGCUGGCAGCACCGUCACCGUCUACAUCGACAAAGAGGAAUGUCUGUUCGUGAAACGCACCAAUCGGGAGAUAAUCUGCAUAACCCCCGCCUCCUUGUCCGGCUCCGGCCCCGCCCCCAUCCGGCUGAUGAUUGACAGGGCGGAGGUGACGAGCGCGGACACCAAAUACAUCUACACCGAGGACCCGACCAUCACCAGCAUCGAACCCAACUGGACCAUCCUCAACGGCAGCACGGUGAUCACAGUGACCGGAACCAACCUGCUGACCAUCCAGGAACCCAAAGUCAGAGCCAAGUACGGCGGAGUGGAGACCAGUAAUUUCUGUACGGUCGUCAACGACAGCACCAUGACGUGUUUGGCUCCCGGUCUGGUCUACAGUAAACCGAACCCACCAGAGGGGGCGCUACGACCCGACGAGUUCGGCUUCAUCAUCGAUCAGGUGUCCUCUCUGCUCGUCCUGAACUCCACCCUUUUUACUCACUACCCCAACCCGACCUUUGACCCCCUGGGGAACUCUGGGAUCCUGGAGGUCAAACCGGGGUCACCCAUCAUCCUCAAGGGUAAAAACCUGAUCCCUCCCGCUCCCGGUAACAACCGUUUGAACUACACCGUCCUGAUCGGAGAAUCGCCGUGCCUUCUCACUGUGUCGGAGAACCAGCUGCUCUGUGAUUCGCCAGAUCUGACCGGAGAACAGCGAGUCCUGAUCCUGGUGGGUGGGUUGGAGUAUUCUCCGGGUACGUUGCAUAUCUACUCCGACAGCGCCCUGACGCUGCCCGCCAUCAUCGGCAUCGGGGCGGGCGGCGGCGUGCUGCUCAUCGCCAUCAUCGCCGUGUUGAUCGCAUACAAGAGAAAGACCCGCGACGCCGACCGGACGCUGAAACGCCUCCAGCUGCAGAUGGACAACCUGGAGAGCAGGGUGGCGCUGGAGUGUAAGGAGGCCUUCGCCGAGCUGCAGACCGACAUCCAAGAACUGACCAACGACAUGGACGGAGUGAAGAUCCCCUUCCUGGAGUAUCGAACCUACACCAUGAGAGUCAUGUUCCCGGGGAUAGAGGAGCACCCGGUCCUCAAAGAGUUGGACUCUCCGGCCAACGUGGAGAAAGCUCUGCGUCUCUUCAGUCAGCUGUUGAACAAUAAGAUGUUCCUGCUGACGUUCAUCCACACUCUGGAGGCUCAGAGGUCGUUCUCCAUGAGAGACCGAGGAAACGUGGCGUCGCUGCUGAUGGCGGCUCUGCAGGGUCGGAUGGAAUAUGCCACGGUGGUUCUCAAACAGCUGCUGGCCGACCUGAUCGAGAAGAACCUGGAGAACAGAAACCAUCCCAAACUACUGCUGAGGAGGACGGAGUCGGUGGCUGAGAAGAUGUUAACCAACUGGUUCACCUUCCUCCUGCACCGCUUCCUCAAGGAGUGCGCCGGCGAGCCUCUCUUCCUGCUUUACUGUGCCAUAAAGCAGCAGAUGGAGAAAGGGCCGAUCGACGCCAUCACCGGCGAGGCUCGCUACUCUCUGAGCGAAGACAAGCUUAUCAGACAGCAGAUCGACUACAAGCAGCUGAGACGGCUGCACCUGUUCAUGUCACCUGUGGAGACAAACUUGAACAGUUCCUCACCUUCACCUGCAAAAACCUGCAAAGUGUUGGAGGAUUUCAUGGAUGUUCUGGUUUUCACUCGGAUGCUUGUCUUUCUACCGGGUGCGACUGUGACCGUUCUUAACUUUGUGAUGGAGCAGAGUAAACCUUCGAGGGCAGAGAUCAGACCCCCGCAUACUGAGGCCGUGGACGGCGGCAACACGGCGGCCAUGUGA